AUGAACUACUAUGAUUACGAUUUCAACUAUGAAUACAAUGAAAACCUUCAUGAUGGCAUCUAUUACCGUUUGCCAUAUGGCCUUGGCAAAAUUGGCUUCACAUACGACAGUAAUGACUAUGAGUAUGAGGAAGAAAAAAACAUUAUGGAAGGCGGCUGCGUACUUCGUCCAUUUUGGUAUAGGAGACCAAGACCAACCCAAAAACAAGUUGAUAAAAAUGGUGUAACUAUUUCAACAGCUUCAUCACACUUUUAUUAUCCAUCUUCUCAUGAAAUUCAUUCAACCAUAUCUCCUUGA